AUGUUCUCCAAUCUCUCCCAGAAGAUCGCCGUCCCCUUCAACCUGCUCGGCGAUGAGGCCAAGCUCGCGUUCCGCAGUCAACCCACUGGCAUAGCCAAGUUAGCCACGCAGCGCAAUAUUUCUGAGACAGAUUCAUACUGGGAUCAAUUUGUUACGCUCUUUGAUUCGGCUUCCGACGUGUUCACGUUGAUCUCGCAUAAUGACGUCCGCCGCGCACUCUACGAAGCACCUGAGAACGUAGCCACACUCGUCCGCGUCAUCACCUCUCGCCUAUUCAACCUCGUCUCCGAUCAUACAUUCCCUACCACACCUAAUGCCUCUGUUACAUCGUUUGCCACGUCGUUCGUCAAGGCCUCUGCCUCGCGAAAUACCACAAAAGAAGUCUUGAACUGCGUUCGUGUUCUGGAACGCGUCCUCCCAGCUGUAUUCGAGCUGGAAAGUGACACAAGCCGAUUCGAGUUGGAAGUGCUAUGGAAGAAAGUUGAGGUUGAGGAUGAAGGCGUCGUGGAUGGGGACGAUGCAGCGACGCAAUUUGUUAUUGACGACGAGGACGAUGAAGAGAACCCACAGGCAGGGUCAUCGAGACCUGCAGCGAGCCCAAACACCAUAGUGAGGCGCAGUCUACCUUCUGUCGCUGAGAAGCUCUUCAGCUGCCUCAUUGACCUUCUCUUCUGCUGUGGUUUUACGCUUCCCGCCAAGCUGCAGGUCGAUCACUAUAAGAUCAACUAUGUUAUUUGGGAGAAAGGCAUUGGUUCUACUGUUGAUCUAGGCUCCUCCCAGGCGUUUGAAAGCAACAGAACUGAAGUACUUCGACUACUCCUGGUGCUGUUAUCUAAGCAGAUCUACACUCCUCCUUCGGCAUUGUUUACUUCGCCCUCAUUGUACACUCUCCACUUUGUUCAGCGGACACCCCGGCGACAUGUCCUCACGAUCCUCUGCUCGCUCUUGAACACCAUCAUGAACACCGCUCAUGGAGACAAUCUCAAUAUUGUUGGUGCAAUGACGGGCAAACUUCCGUACAAUCAUCUGGUCUUCAAAGGCGAGGACUCCAGAAUCAUUCUUGUCUCGACCUGUUUACAGGUCCUCUGUGUGCUACUCGAUUUCCAGAGCGGCACUGCCAGAGACGGGAUCGUCAGUGAUGAGGGCACUCAAUCCGCUCCCACGGCGCGAACGAAUGCAUUCCGUUAUUUUGUUGCCAAGCUACAUCGCCAAAAUGAUUUCGCUUUCAUCUUGAAUGGCGCUGUCAACAUAUUUAAAGAACACAUGCUUUCGGUGGACAAUGUGCUGCCUGGGUCACGGAAAUCUGUUCCGUACGUCGUCGAGACUAUCUUAUUAUUCUGGAAGAUGAUCGAUCUCAACAAGAAAUUCCGCUUUUACGUCCUGGACUCUGAUCAAGCUACGGAUAUUCUCGCACAUUUACUAUGUUAUGGUAUACACGUUAAGGACAAGCCUCAACAACAUGGUCUUUGUCGAGCCAUCUCGUACACUAUACAAAGCAUGUCUGCGGAGCGCGCUUUUGGUCUCAAGCUCAACCAGCCCAUAAAGACUCGGGUUCCGCAGAAAUGGAGUAACCUAGGCACAGCGGGUGACUUCAUGGUUCAUGCUAUAUAUGCCAUGGUUGCAACUACAUCUGGUGCUCUUACGUCGCUGUAUCCAGCACUUGUCAUUGCCUUGUCGAACGUGUCGCCUUAUCUGAAAAAUCUGAAUAUCACCACGUCGACGCGCCUAGCUACUCUUCUUCAUGCAAGUAGUCUUAUACUUCCUCUAGCCUCUCACGCUAAUCCAUCUUCCAGGCUGGAGACAUUCAACUCCGUGUUAUUGCGUAAUCUUGCUGACAAUCCAAAUUUGGUGUAUGGUAUUCUCCAUGCACAUAAAACGUUUGAGGAUCUGGGUACCUUCACUCUCCCUCGAGGCUUGCGAGAGAUUCGUAGAAUACAACAAGCGAAAGAAGAGCGCGCCAGAGCCGGCGACGGCGCCGUCGACAAGGGCAAACAUAAGGACCUCGAGAGCGCCGGUGAACAGCCUCAAGAUGAGAAAGCCCGGCUCCUGCGUAGUGAGAGCCAGAGCAAUGGUGACUUGCCCAGUCAGUCAGAGUUGACGGAAGAAGAUUCUGAGCAUAUCAAUUCGCACUCAAACUCGGAAGAGGAACCGCCACUGACGCGCCCGCUGAUGUCGCCUACGAUACCAGACCCACCGCAUAUUGCGCGAAGGUUCGCUGAGCCCUCAUCCGAGAAGGCAAGGGGGAAAAUGCGGGCGGGAAGGUCAAUGUCUGUGGAGAUGACGGGAAGUUUGGAAAGCUUAGCAGCUACUGCUGUUGGCAGAAAUGGGUUUGUACCAACACAAGAAUGGGUCACAUCCUGGCAGCAAGGACUUCCGUUGGAUACCGUCAUGCUCGUCAUCUCAGAGUUGCUACCCAAGAUCCAAGAACUACAAGCGUCACUUAACCCAACCAACACCAAUGCUGCUGUUGUAGACUUAAUCCGCAGCGCAAACUUAGAACACGUCCUUCCCACUCCGCCGGCAAUCACUGCUCGACGUUUCAUGUGGUCGGACGCGUCCAUUGUGUGGCUGACGUCGCUCAUUUGGGGUGAAAUAUAUGUCCGCGGUAUGACGCCGCUGGGCAUUUGGAACUCGACAAAUGUUCGGCUGUUCUAUGUGAAGCACACGGAGACGAGACCGCGACAAAUUAGCGAGGCAGUAACAAAUGUGGUGGGGGGGCUGCUUGGGAGAUCAGAAUCCACACAAUCUAAUAGGCAGCGUCCAUCGUCGUGA